CCCGCCUAGAACAUCACUACCGUUGGAAACGGAAUAAACCUUCAUUCGCCCUACCGACUCAGGUAUUGCAGAAAAGCGAAAACUCCAUGGUUUUUAAGGGUUAUAUCUCCAGGACGUUCAAAGCUUCCUCCGUUUGAAAAUGGCAGCGACAUUUGUUCAUGCCUACUUCUACAACUCCAAUGCACCAGAAAGUGUUUCAAUUAGACAAGUCAAAACGAUGAAAACAAACCGGAAACCAUGGCUCGUAAAGAAGCCGAAAAUCUACAAAUCAGCUUCACUUAAUUGGAACCAAUCGAAUGAUGUGAAAGCUUUGGUUGAACCACGCACUCUCUCGCUCACGCGGAAUCUCCGUGCUUCUGUUGAUUCUGGGUGUAUUGAACAUGCACUCUACAUGUUUGAGAAAAUGAACCGUUGUGAUCCGUAUGUCUGGAAUGUGAUGAUUAGAGGGUUUACCAAUAAUGGGUUGCUUAGAGAGGCAAUUGGUUUUUAUUGUAGAAUGGGAUCGGAAGGAGUUCGAGCUGAUAAUUUUACAUACCCUUUUGUGAUCAAGGCGUGUACAGGGUUGUUGUCCUUGAUGGAAGGGCAGAAGGUUCACGGUAAGUUGUUUAAGAUUGGGUUGGAUUUGGAUAUUUACGUUUGUAAUUCGCUUAUCGUUAUGUAUGCAAAGAUGGGGUGUGUUGAGUUUGCAGAAAGGGUGUUUGGUGAAAUGCCGGUUAGGGACUUGGUAUCUUGGAAUUCUAUGAUUAGUGGCUAUGUUUCCGUUGGGGAUUGUUGGAGCUCAUUGAUGUGUUUCUGGGAAAUGCAGGCACAUGGAAUGAAGCCUGACAGGUUCAGCAUGAUCAGCGCUCUUGGUGCUUGUUCUCUUGAUUGUUGUCUGCGAAGUGGGAAGGAGAUUCACUGCCAAGUGCUCAGAUGUGGUUUGGAAUUGGAUGUUAUGGUACAGACAUCACUUCUUGACAUGUACGGAAAAUGUGGCAGGAUGGAUUAUGCAGAGAGGUUGUUUGACAGAAUUACUCCAAAAAACGUUGUGGCUUGGAAUGCAAUGAUAGGUGGGUAUGCUCUAAAUGCUCAUCCUCUUGACUCAUUUGCUUGCUUGAAAAAGAUGCAAGUUGCUGAUCUCUUGAACCUUGAUGUGAUCACAAUGAUAAAUGUGCUUCCCUCUUGUGCACAAUUACAAGCUCUUUUAGAGGGUAAAUCUGUCCAUGGCUUUGCCAUUAGAAGAGGUCUUCUCCCUCAUUCAGUCUUGGAAACUGCUCUAGUUGACAUGUAUGGAGAAUGCGGGGAGUUGAAUCUGGCAGAACGUGUAUUUGGUGAGAUGACUGGAAAAAACUUGAUAUCAUGGAAUGUCAUGCUUGCUGCUUAUGUACAGAAUGGGUGGAAUAGUGAAGCGUUGAGUCUGUUUCGAGAUAUUUGGAACCAGCCUUUUAAGCCAGAUGCAUUUACAUUUGCAAGCAUUCUACCCGCCUGUUCUGAAUUAGGCUCAUUGAGAGAAGGGAAGCAAAUCCAUGGUUUUAUCAUAAAAUCUGAACUUGGUACAAAUACCUUCGUCUCGAAUUCAAUUGUUUACAUGUAUGCCAAAUGUGGGGAUUUAAGGAGUGCACGAGAAUGUUUUGAUCGCAUGUUGUAUAAGGAUGUGAUUUCAUGGAACACGGUCAUUAUGGUAUAUGCCCUUCAUGGGUUUGGUAGGUUUUCUGUUCAGUUGUUCUCUGAGAUGAUGGAAAAGGGCUUCAAACCCAAUGAGAGCACCUUUGUCUCCCUGUUAUCAUCUUGUAGCAUUUCUGGCAUGGUCGAUGAAGGGUGGGAAUACUAUAAUUCAAUGAAAAGGGACUAUAAUAUAGAUCCCGGAAUAGAGCACUGUGGCUGUAUGAUUGAUCUUAUUGGCCGGGCCGGAAAUCUUGAGCUAGCCAAGAGAUUCAUUGAGGAAAUGCCCUUGGUCCCUACGGCCAGGAUAUGGGGAUCACUGCUGACUGCAAGUAGGAACAACGGAAACAUAGAAUUAGCUGAACUUGCAGCUAAGCACAUUUUAUCCUUGGAGCAUGAUAAUACCGGGUGCUAUGUCUUGCUUUCAAAUAUGUAUGCUGAAGCUGGGAGGUGGAGAGAUGUAGAGCGGAUUAAAUGUCUUAUGAUAAAAGAAGGUCUAGAGAAAACGAAUGGCUGUACUGUGGUUGAGAUCAGUUCUAGAACUUGCAGAUUCAUCGAUGACGACAGGUCCCAUGCUGAAACAAACAUGAUUUGUGAUGUAUUAGAUAUUAUCACGAGGAAUAUAGGGGAACAUGUUUAUGUUCAUAGUGUUACCAAGUUCAGACCAUUAGAUUUGAGGAAGAAAAGAGCAAAAUCACCAGGGAAACACAGUGUGAGAUUAGCGAUUUCUUUCGGCUUGAUAUCCACUACGAUUGGAAGCCCUGUUCUUGUAAGAAAAAACACUAGAAUAUGUGAAGAUUGCCACAGUGCUGCAAAGAAGAUUUCAGAGAUUACUAGAAGAGAGAUAAUAGUGGGAGAUUCUAAGGUCUUUCACCACUUCAGAGAUGGGCAUUGCUCAUGCAGGGAUUAUUGGUGACUGCAGUUUUUAUAAACACUUGGAAAAUUGUAAGACAUGCCUGGCUAGAAUCUAGAUACGUUUUCAUGGCACAAUGAGCCAAAAGAUCUAGCAGAGAACGUAUAUAUUACUUCAGGAAGUUGUGCAUUUAAUCAAAUGAGCAACAUAGUGGCU